AUGGCCUUCAAUCCUUCAAAGCUCAUCCUUUCCCUCCUUUUUGUUGUUGCCACAGCAGCAUCCGUAGCCCACAACAACCCCAUCGUGGCCCAGGUGUCAGUAGUUGGUCAGAUGGUUUGCAUUGUCCCGGGAACUAACUGUACUACAUGCCCAGGGAUUGCUGGGGUUAAGGUGACUUUGUCGUGCAACGGAGGUCGAACAACACUUGCACAGGCCAUCACAAACAAUCGAGGGGUGGUGAAUUUGACCCUAUCCGCUGCAAAUGUUGGUGUCUUUGAUCAAUCGCAAUGCUUUGUCUAUGUGAAACUCCCCGUCGCCACUUGCCAUGUUUUCUCUCGCACCGGAACCCUACGUUCUCCCGUUAUCUUUGUGAACUUUGUACAAGAAGCCACUCGUCUAAUGAUCAACUUCACUUUCGGCGUAUUUCGUUAUGUUAACUAG